AUGUACAUGUCCGGAUUUUUUAUUUUUUCCACCGAUUUCUCAUCGAGAAUGACGCCGCAAGAGGAGCGUGAGAGUGCGCGUGGGGCAGAGAUUGCGAACGCCUUCGAGGAUGACAUGUUCGGCCCUCCGCGGACUGAGCCUGCCACUCGCCCAAAACUCUCCAUGAUUUCCGCAAGGCUUCGAGCAAACGAAGAACGCAAACGGGUCAUUGAGAUCUGUUCGCAAAAGCUGGAAAAUAUUGAAGACCCGGCGCGUGACCUUCGGCGGUCAGUUUGUAUAAACAACACGUAUUGUCGACUGAGCGAAGAGGCGCGCAAGGAGAAGGAAGCGAGGAGACGACGAGCCAGAGAAGAGUGCGACGAUUCCUGGGUGGGAAAGAAAGCCAGACGAGCGGUCGAGGACGAGUGUCUGGCGUUGUUGGACGCAAUACCGGAGUUGGGGGACGCAAAUCUCGGUUGCGCACAACUAGCAAGGCAACUGCCGCGACAAGAUGUACCGUUGCUGCCGCCUGGCCUUCUUACGGUUCUCGAUUCAUGA